AUGGCCGAGGUGGCUGAAGAUGCGGACCACGCUGAUGUCAUUAGAAGAGCUUGUGAUCAGUGCCGUGUCAGGAAGAUACGAUGCGACAAAGAAAACCCAUGCUCUAACUGCAAGACGGCAAAGAGGGACUGUGUCUCCUCGGGACUUGGCCAGAAACCCAGGCAGGCCAGGCAGAGGGUGUUGAUCUCGCAUCAAUAUGAGCGGAAGAUUGACCAGUUCGAGUCCCGUCUGGGUGGAAUCGAGCAGAUGCUCCGCAGCCUCACGACAUCUCUCAGUCGUGGUGACGGCUCUGCCUCGGGAUACGCGAGCAGUGCCAUACGAACCUAUACACCUCCCAGCAUCGCCGAGUCCAGCUCGACGACAUACGACGAACGAUCGCCCAGCGUAGACAACGACCACACCUUCGAAGGCAACUCUUCCAUGACGGCGCACACAGCGUUCGCCAGCGAGUUUCUCGAAAAGGCCGUGACGAAUACCCCGCUCGGCCACCAAUUCAGUCCGAACAUCGAGAAUGCACUCGCGUCUCUACGGCAGAUGGUCGAGAUGCAGCAGCGCAAGGACAUUUCGCAGGAAAGUGCGUUUGCUCACCAAAAGCCAGUCCCCAAGGGUGGUCUCAGUCAGCUGCCAUUGCCGCCGACAGAUGUUGUACUCAGGAUAUUGCGCGAGAUGAAAGUCACACCGCCCUUGGUGUUUACCACGUGCUGUACUUUCAUCACGGUCGACUCUUUUAUCGAGUCCUGUCGCAAAGUGUACUUCGCCACGGAGGACUACAGCCCCGCCGUCUUCAUCAUCGUCAAUGCCGGCCUCUACUACCUGUUUCAAGAGAAAUCGUUCAUGGACGAGUCCAACAGUUCAGCGUACCGUGAAUACCACUACUUGUGCCGUGAUAACCUGGAGACAGCCCUGGCCAAUUUGCCGCUCCUCCUGCCGCGUAGCAAGGAGAUCAUCGAAGCCCUGCUGCUUGGUGCCACCUACUCGAUCGAGGUCUCAAAGUUUACAAUCGGGUGGCAGCUAAACAGCGCUGCGGCAGCGGUCUGCCAGACGCUCGGCUGGCACCGUCUCCAAGCCACCGAGGGCGAGCUGGACAGCACCAAGUCGGCCAUGUUCUGGUUCUGCUACAUGCUGGACAAGGGCCUUUCGCUGCGCUUCGGGCGGCCCUCGGCCAUGCAGGACUGGGAUAUCUCGACGCCGCGCCGCUUCCGCAACCCGGACAUCAUGGACCCGUGGACCGACGCCAUCAACCUGUGGAUCAAGACUGGCAGCGUGCUGGGCGAUACGUACGAGCACCUGUACAGUCCGGCGGCGCUGGCGCGAGCCCCAGGCCAGCAGAUCGAGACGGCGCGGCUCCUGGCGGCCAAGAUGAAGCACAUGUGGAACGAACUGGAGGACCUGUCGACGUCCUUGAAGCGCGGGAACGGCGCCAUCGUAGACGCCUCGGACGGCGGCGUCAAGGGCAAAGAGUGGCGGUCCAUGUCGCUGGACAUGAUCCUCAAGUCCGCCGAGGUCAAAUACCUGGCUUCCCUGACCCUCGUGUACCGCGCCAUCCCGAGUGCCCCUGGAGUUCCCAGCACGUUCAAUGCCGAAUGCAUCGACGCGGCGCGAGCGGCGGUCCAGCGCCACGACGAAUGCAUGAAGCUAACGGCCGACAAUCUCUUCGUCCAGGCCGGGUAUCUGCAUUGGACCAUCCUCUACUCCCCCUUCACCCCGUUUAUCGUCCUGUUCUGCCACGUGAUCGAGACCUGCAGCGUCGACGAUCUUCGGCGUCUCGAGCAGUUCACCACGAGUCUGCAGCCCGCGUUGUCCAUGUCGCGGGGCAUCGAGAAACUGCACCGGCUCUGCAAGUUGCUCUCCCAGGUCGCCGCCCUGUACGUCGAGGCCAAGAUGCAGGAGCCCGAGGAUGAGGACAUGACCAUGGUGGGCAACGACUUUGACAUGUACCUGUCCCAGCUGGGCUUUAUCCCGCAGCCCCAUCCCCAGCCUCAGACGCACCACCCGGACGGCGGCGAGAGUGCGCUUCACGGUGGCGAGUGUGAGCUGGAAGGAGGCGGCGGUGGGGUGGGUGGGACAGCAGUGAAUCAGCAGCCAGGACUGGGCGACUGGUUCUCCGGGAAUCGAUACGUCAUGGGCCUGAUGGAGGAGGACUUGUUGGACUUUGAUCCCGAGAUGUGGGCGUCGACGACGACAACCGGGGCGCGGUAG